AUGAAAGGUGUCCAUCUUAAAUUUUCGGAUUGGGAAGCAUAUGAAAUUGUUAAUGGUCUUUUUGCAGAUGCCAUUAAUGAUAUUGUUCGGGAUGGUGACUUGGUGUGGGUUCAAGAUUAUCAUUUGAUGUUACUACCAGCUAUGUUGAGAGAAAAAAUGGAGGAAAACAAGUUAAAUGUAAAAGUCGGAUUUUUUUUACAUACUCCAUUUCCAACCAGCGAGAUUUAUCGAAUUCUUCCUGCUCGAAAAGAAGUUCUCAAUGGCGUACUUAAUGCUGAUUUAAUUGG